GCCCCGCACCUGCAAGAGGCCGUCUCCAGCAGUCGCCACCCGCUGGCUCGCAGCAGCCUGCGCAGCAGCAGCAGCAGCAGCAGCAGCACCAGCUGCAGCAACAGCAGCAAGGCCAGCAGCCGCGGCACUGGCUGCAGCAAGUGCAGCAGCAGCAGCAGCAGCAGUAG